CCCAACACCAGUGAAUCGAUGCCCCCCCAUCCUGACGAGCACGUGGUCCAGUGUCCGAUCCGUCCUGCCGCCAUCCAUGGCCGCCUCCCUCUUCCGCCUCUCCCGGCCCCGCCGCGUGCUCCUCCCCUUGUCCGCCCUCCGCCUCCCUUUCUCCACCCAGCCCCUCCCGCAGCCCCGGGACCCGUCCUCCCCCAAUUCCAACCGCGGCCUUCCUGCCUUCCUCUCCUUCCUCGCCGCCGCAGCCGCAGGCGGAAUCACCGGUUCCGUCGCUCUCUGCGAUGCCGGCCCCGACCACCGGGUCGGCGGGAAAGACAGCACCGAGCUGUUGGUGCGUGGGGAGCGCAAGCGCGUGCCACGGCAGUUCAUAGAAGAGCUCGCAUCCUUCCUCGGGGAGAACCUGACGGUGGAUUACGAGGAGAGGAGCUUCCACGGGACGCCGCAGAAUAGCUUCCACAAGGCAGUCAACGUGCCCGACGUCGUCGUCUUCCCAAAGUCCCAGUAUGAGGUACGGAAUAUUGUGAUGACUUGUAAUAAGUACAAGGUGCCGAUUGUACCAUAUGGUGGGGCUACAUCAAUUGAGGGACAUACGUUGGCACCUCAUGGUGGUGUUUGCAUUGACAUGUCUUCAAUGAAGAAAAUCAAAUCUCUGCAUGUUGAGGAUAUGGAUGUUGUAGUUGAACCAGGAGUUGGAUGGAUUGAGCUGAAUGAAUACCUGAAACCCCAUGGUCUCUUUUUCCCUCUUGACCCAGGACCUGGAGCCACUAUUGGUGGAAUGUGCGCUACACGAUGUUCUGGUUCAUUAGCCGUGAGGUAUGGAACUAUGCGGGACAAUGUUAUCAAUCUUCAGGCUGUUCUACCAGAUGGCGACGUUGUCAAGACCGGUUCUCGGGCUCGAAAGAGUGCAGCUGGAUAUGACCUAACUCGGUUGAUUAUUGGAAGUGAAGGGACUUUAGGGGUAAUUACAGAAGUGACUUUACGACUUCAAAAGCUUCCAUCUCAUUCCGUGGUUGCUAUGUGCAAUUUUCAAACGGUUAAGGAUGCUGCUGAUGUUGCUAUUGCAACAAUGCAUUCUGGCAUACAGGUCUCGAGAGUGGAAUUGUUAGAUGAGGUUCAGAUAAGGGCAAUAAACAUGGCAAACGGUAAAAGCUUGCCUGAAGUGCCGACCUUGAUGUUUGAAUUCAUAGGGACAGAAGCAUAUGCACUUGAACAAACACUGUUGGUUCAAAAGAUUGCUGCAGAGCACCAUGGUUCUGAUUUUGUUUUUGUGGAGGAGCCAAAUGCUAAAGAGGAACUGUGGAAGAUCAGGAAGGAGGCACUUUGGGCUGGUUUUGCCAUGAAACCUGAUCAUGAAGCUAUGAUAACGGAUGUUUGUGUUCCAUUGUCUAGACUUGCAGAAUGCAUAUCUGUAUCUAAGCAACUACUUGAUGCGUCACCAUUGACUUGUUUGGUUAUCGCCCAUGCCGGUGACGGAAAUUUCCACACAAUUAUCCUAUUUGAUCCAAGCCAGGAGGAAGAGCGAAGGGAAGCAGAGAGACUAAACCAUUUCAUGGUUCAUACUGCUCUGUCCAUGGAAGGUACAUGCACAGGAGAGCAUGGUGUUGGCACAGGGAAAAUGAAGGCAGUACCUGGAGAAGGAGCUGGGGAUGGAGUCACUGAAGACGAUGAAAAGGAUAAAGGCCGCGCUGGAUCCCAACAACAUCAUGAAUCCAGGAAAGCUCAUCCCACCCCACGUCUGCAUCUGACCAACGAAGUGCCUGAUUCCAUGGCAGUGGGUUCGGUUGUUCAAGUUUGUCGUGGUGCCGCCACUGAAUGCGUCCAUGAAACCUUUGGAUCUGUUACAGCCUUACCCGAGGACUCCAACACAUACUACAUGAGUUACAAUACAACUUACAGUACCCGUCCCGGCCAUACUGAAUAAAAGGACCAGGACGUUGUUAUCUCUUGGUGUUAUUUGUACCAAUAGUAGUAUACAUGCAUGACACCGUUUACUGGGCCUGCUUCACGUAUUAACAUACCUCCAAAACACGAGGGAGUGGUUUACAUCCUGGUUUCACAAAAUAGCGUUCUUGCUCUAUACUCUUAUUGUAACAGUCAUAUAUUCGCUCCGUUCAUAAAUAUGAGAUGCUUUGGAUAUUU